AACGAAACAUGCCCAACAUAACUGCAUUGAUCUCGCGCAUGAAAUUGCACCCUCCCUUCGACCACUCUAGCGCGAACAGGAGCUUUUGCCUUGGGACCCCGCCUCCUCGCUAUGGCAAACGUGCAAAUCAUCUCAGACAUCCACUUGGAGAGCCCGAGGACAUAUGACGUUUUUGAAAUCACCCCCAAAGCACCACAUCUAGCCUUGCUGGGAGAUGUUGGUUACAUGUUCCACCAACAAGAGUACUUCGACUUUCUACGGCGGCAUCUGUUGAAAUUCCAGACAAUCUUCCUAGUUCUCGGUAAUCAUGAACCGUGGCAUUCUACGUGGGAUGCUACGAAAAAGGCAAUUCGCGGAUUCGAGCGCCAGAUUUCACAGGAGCGGCAGUCGUCAACUAGUCUGGGAAAGUUGGUCCUACUGGAUCGCACCGUUUACCACCUAGAAGCAGAAACUGGGGAGAGCGUUGCUAUCGUUGGAUGUACGCUGUUCUCCCAGGUGCCAGCCCAGUCCAUAGAAGCGGUAAGCUUUGGCAUCAACGACUUCUAUCGAACCGAGAAUUGGACGGUGGAGAAUCACAACGCUAUGUUCGAAGAGGAGUUGAAAUGGCUUAAUGAACAAGUUAUAUCACUACGCGGGAAUAGGAUUAUCGUUUUAACGCACUAUAGUCCGACCCUGGAUGAGCGCACGACAGAUCCAAAACACAAGGGUAGUCUAAUCCGUUCCGGCUUCGCCACUGAUCUGAGCAACAGUGCGGCCUGGCUAAGCGAUGAUGUCUUGGUUUGGGCUUUCGGCCACACGCACUUCAAUUGUGAUUACGUGGAUGAACAGACUGGGAAGCGCGUUGUUACUAAUCAGCGUGGUUACUACUUUGCCCAAUCCCUCGGGUUUGAUGAGGACAAAUGUAUCAAGUUUUGAUAAGGUAUAACUGUCAGAUAUAAGCGAUGACAUGCAGAAUUCAGUAUAUUGAUCGUAUUGUUGUUCUUGUCUAUGUUUGACUUGUCAAAAUAAAGGAUAUGUCGGCGAGUGACGCGAUAUAGGGGGUAAGCUAAGUUAGCUCCAACUCCGGGGAUCUACCUUAUAAAUUAUUAAUAUAUGCCCUAAGGGUAAAGCAAAAUCUACUUAAUUUGUGGUUGGAUAUACCCGCACGGGAUUUGAACUCUGCGGAUUUCGGCUGCAGAUGUGGUAACCAGAGGUGUGAUUGGCUCCAACCGAUGUAACCGAAAACCCUCGACUCUACGGUGUUGUCAGUCACAUGGAUUUGGGAGUAUAUAUCUUGAAGGGAACUCUUUGAACGAUUUGAGGACUUUCUUUGAUAGCGGGGAGCGCUGGCCGAGUUGCGAACUCCGGAAAACGUACAUGCAUACCCCGUUUAAUACGAAGAACUUCACCACAUUUUCUCGCGUUGUGGUCCUCAUCAUCCAGCUCACUUGAGCGAUAUCA